UGCACCACUCCUAGCCCGUCCUCCUCCGCUCUCCCAGCUCCAGGUGUAAUGUAGUCCUUCUGGUUAGUGGUGCUUGCGGGGCUUCACGCUGCUAGGCGCCUCUAAAGGAGUUGGCAGUAGUGGGAGGUGUGGAAAAUAGCUUGAUGGCUCUUGAACUACUAGUCUGCCCUAGGGUUAAACUGUACUAGGAACAAGCAUGUUCCCUGUCUGUGCUAUUUACAGCUGUUAACUUAUUUUAGUAAGAUAUAAUGAGUAACUGUAGUAUAAACAAACCCGGGAUGUGUUUGGGGUUGGCCUUCCCUUUCUAAAACAGGAAGGUCAGUCUGCAUGUGUGUAAAAACCGAAGGGCGGAGGGGAGAGCUUACUUCCUGUUAAACUUCACUAAAUCAAAUAGUAGUAGUAUUUGCAUGUGACUUACCUGCUUGUCAGGCUUGAUAGUGGGUUGUGCUCCCAAUGUUGUUGGAAGCCUUUUAUAGAAGAAUCUUUUGAGGAGCCAUCAGAUUAUUUUCCAUGAUACCUUUACUUGUGUAGUAGUGGCCUGUAUGUUUGUAAAUAGACUAGCAUAUUUAAACAAUUUCACAUCCUAAACCAAAUCAUUUAAACAACUUCAUAAGAGCAAAACCUACUUUUUAAACAGCAGUUUGACAAACAGUACCCUUUUUAUGGCUCAUUAGCAACUGGACUAGACAAAUUGAUAAGCACUAGAAAUAUCUCCAUUUUAAACAAACAAAGUUGUGAACUGACUGACAUUAAUAACAUAAACUCUAGACAAAAACUGUUUCCAGAAAGCAAACUUCCAUGUUGUCUUCAUGAAAAUAUUUCAAAGAUGGCUUUAAAGUCAUACCUGAAAUAUGUCCUUAUUGAGCACCUUUUUCUCAAAUAAGGACAACACUCUUGGGUUAUAAAAUAAUAGUUGGGCAAACCUUUCUCAUGUCCUAUACUGGUAGCAUUGAUGUAGAUGGGAUGUAGGGCCUUUCCACCUUUUCUGCAUUCUGUCUAGAAACUAGCAUUACUAUUAGUGUACUUCCAUUUUAUUUUUAUGCUCUGUGAUCAAAAAUACUCUUGCACUAAUGAAGAAACUACUUAGCUCUAGAUAUUUUAGUUUUAUUGUAACUUUGAUUUCAGGUUUGCUGUGAAAACUUGCUACAAAUAACUUCUGUGAAUUGGCAUUUUUAAUGUGUAUGCAGCUUUUUUUAAGCAUUUUUAAUUUGUAUUCCCUCAGCAAUAAAUUCUGAGAGUUCAAAUUCAUUUUAAAAUAAAUAAAAUUCUAAAGUGUGUUUCUCUUGUGAAAACAUGUCUAUUAAUAGAGCACUUUGCAGAUACAAAAUUUGUAUCCAGCUCACAAAAAUGAGCCAUGGCUAUCCACAUUGAUAACCACUUUAUAUGCAUAGAUAUCUGUGCCUGUGGCUAUCUGUGGGUUUGCAGGGCUCUAUCUGUUAAAAAAGACCUCUGAGUUGCAGGUUUGUUUCAGUGACUUCAGACUGUUUUAAAAAUUGUGCUCCAAUUGUAUUCUCUGGUCUUAAACUUGAGAUUUAAGCUGCUAUCAAACCAUCCCCAAACAAGGAAACCAAAUUCUGCCUUCAGUGGCACCUGGACAGCCUGGUUUUCAGAGAUGUUGCCCAAUUGUAACUAAAGGACAAUUUGGCCUGCAGUUGAAACCUAAAUUCGGUUGAUUUACAAAAAGUUAUAUAAUCCCACUACCUCCUAUCACUGUAUUGACUUCGUAAUAAUAAUUAAUAAAAUGGACUGAAUAGAUUUGUUACUGAUGUAAGCAUAAUUAAUACAAGAUGCUAUUUUACUGUAGAUAUGCUCAAAUAAAAUGUGUAUUUCUGAGCUUGUCUUUACUAGCGGAUUUUUGUAGAAAACCGAUACUUGAAAUCAAGUAGGAAGCUUAGUGUCAAACUAGUUUUCUACUUUAUUUUACACCACUUCCAAUUGCUAAACCAAUCUUCAAUAUUAGUAAGUAAGUAUAGUUUAAAAAUAUUAUUCUUAAAAUGUGAAUUAAGUAGGAUAUAAAUAUUUCUCUAAGGAACUCUUUUAGUAUGUCAAGCAUGUCACUAAUUGGUAAUGCAUUGAUAGAUCUAGCUGUUUCUGUACUCAAAACCUAGUUUACAUUCAGUCCCUGAUUCUUGUGGACUGGCCUAGGAGCACUUGCCACAAGGUAGGAUGAAUUUGCGAGGGCACAUGGCAGAGAACUGAAAAGAAGUAUAAUCUGGGUGCUAGGCUGGUCACCAUUUUAAAUUAGAGCAGUUUGAAAGCUUCUCUAAAUAAGCUGUGGUUGUUAAAAGACCCCAGAGACUCUUGAAAUACUUGGUGAUUUUUUUUUUGAGUGUAGGAAUGUGAGACCUACCCCUUUCCUCAGCCAAAUCUCUAUAUUGAUAAUAAGGAUGCAGAGGUGCUACUGUAUAGGGAUUUUCACUGGAAAAUGGAAUCCUAGUGGCUGGCUAAAGUGGUGAAAAUAGCAUGAAACGUUGCAAUACAAAGAAGCCUGGUUUUCCUGUGUGUGCAGAAAACUAAUUUUCUAUAUUCCUGUUUUUUCUAAAACUUCUAAAUUUUAUGUUUAAAAAAACCUGCCAGAUCUUGCAUGUAUGUACUGUUAGCAGUUUCUAUGUUAAACCACUUUAAAAUGGAAAUUUUAAAAGUGAGUCUCAACUUUAGGCAUGGGUCAAAUAUAUAAAAAAAUCUAUUUCUUUCCUGCUUCUAGCUGCAGUGAGACUUUUUAGGAUGUCCAGAAAUGUGCAGCGACUUAGAGACCAUGAUACAAAUCCUUGUAUGGCGGAAACAGAUGCCUCUAGACAUUGUAUGGAAAACAAUAACUACAGAAGGGAUAUGUGUACCUCUUAUUUUUUAAAGUACAAAAACUGCAGAAAAUUUUGGCAUGCUAUUAUGAUACAAAGGAGAAAAGAUGGGGUGAAACCAAAUAUGCCUGCGGCAGAAGAGAGAGAAAAUAUAUUGAAGUCAAUGGGAAGGAUGCCAUACUGACCACACAAUCUGCAUUGUUUACUAUUUAAUGUUUACUACUGAGACUUGUUAGCUAGACAAUAAAUUUUUUUAACGUCUCUUUAUUUUAUCUAA